AUGCGCUUCCAAUCGCGUGUAUCGACAUCCACCGUCCACGAACUCCUCUUUGUCGACGAUUGCGUCCUCAAAACCACCUCGGAAAUGGACAUGCAAAGGAGCAUGGAUCUCUUCUGCUGUGGCCUGCGAGAACUUCGGCCUGGUAAUUAAUACGGAGAAGACGGUGGUCAUGCACCAACCGCCAUCCAACACAGCCCACAAAGUGCCGCAAUUCAGCGUGAACGAAACCCAAAUGCAAAUGGUGGACAAAUUCCCGUACCUCGGUAGAACCCUCUCCCGACGACGAAGUCGCCUGCAGAAUUUUUAAGGCCAGUCAAGCCUUCGACAGCCUCCGAAGCACAGUUUGGAAUCGUCAUGGUCUCCAGCUCAACAGCUAACUAAAGAUAUACACGCCCGUCAACCUGCCGACGUUGCCAUAUGGUGCGGAGACUUGGACGGUGUAUAACAAACAGGCACGGAGAUUCAAUCACCUCCACCUUAGCUGUCUUCGACGGAUACUGAAACUGCGUUGGCAGGACCGAAUCCUGGACACUGACGUACUGGAGCGGACGGGAAUCCUCAGCAUCUACGUCAUGCUAAGACAACUGCAACUGCGUUGGAGCGGCCACCUCGUGCGGAUGGACGACGAGCGACUACCCAAACGACUCUUCUAUGGAGAUGUCGUCAGGAGUUGCAUCCGGCAAGGAGGCCAAAUUCGCCGAUACAAGGACAUACUAAAGACAUCUCUGAAGCGCCUGCCGAUCAACCCAGCCGACUGGAAAAACCUCGCUAGAGACCGACCGAACUGAAGGAAGAUAGUGAAGACAGGCGCUGCGAUCUGUGAAGCCAACCGCAUCGCCGCCGUGAAAGCCAAACGAGAAGCACACAAAUCUCAGCUGCGCCCACCUCGCAACGCCAACGCCCCACCGCCCCCACGUGUCUACGGUGUCAGCGGGCAUUCCGGGCGCUAAUUAGACUUGUUGGACACCUUCGAACCAACUUCAGCACUCGGACUGCACCAACCGCCGUCUCACCGUUCACCUCCCCCUCGCCUCCUACGCCGACAACUAACUCUGACCGCCCUCCCGAACCACCAUUUCCAUCCUCCUCUUAUCCCACUGCCUCAAAGCCUGCCGCGCACAUUAACACUGCACACAAUCCUGAAUCAUCCUCAACCAUCAACAUCACCACCGCCGACACCAUUGGUGAGGACCCGGUCUAUACCUAUCCUCAUUGCGACCGCACCUUAACCCCACGCAUCGGCCUGAUCGGUCACUUGUGAAUCCAUCGCACAGAGACUGACGACCCAGUGCCUGGAGCACCAACUUACGUUCGCCGCAUCCGCCUCCACUGUCCACAUUGAACCCGCACAUUUAUUCAUCGCAAGGAUCUAUUUGACCACAUGCCCGUCCACGAAAACCUGCAGUAGACAGCCGCCGGCUGAACCACACCACCACAUCCCCCCUCACCACCAUCUCCUCGCACAUCAGCACCACCCUCCGCAAGCAUCCAGUUGUCACCUCCCACACAAGUGGGAAGUGUGGGUCUCGACUCACUCUCCGUGCGGCUCCUGCUGCACCGGUGACUCGAGCUUGAGACUAUCCCGACGCGUCAAGCGCCGUGGACAGGACGGCUGCUGAUUGACGCCCCAACUCUGUCCACGCAGUCCGUCCAAUUGUGUGUGUAUGUUUGUGUGGAGUAGCGGAUUGGUGGGCUGGGGGCCGGGCCGAUAGAGCUCCUUCCACAGAAUUCUCACGUAAGUGAGAGAUACGCCGCUCAACCCACGUUGUGUGAAAUCCUGGGGCUUGCGUUGGGGGGGCCAGGUCGUGCAUGUGACGCGCGCAGACAAGGUCAUUAGGUCAUGUCAGCCACUGCGCCUAUUCUCCGCAUCAGUCAACUGACCGGUUCGGACAACGACUGAGGCCUGGGAAUGGGAAGGGAGAGUGAGGUCGACGACUCAGCGCAUUUCAUUCCCCACUAUAAACAGUCUGACGCGCCUGAAGCUAUCACGGUACGCUAAAAGCCAUGGCUCGGAAGGUUGCUAACUGAUGGCAUAACUUGGACCUCGCAGUCUGCCCAGUGUUGUGCGUUUGUGUAGAGGGGUCGGCUGGUGGUCUGAGAGUCAGGCUACAAUGGCUCUUUCUUAAUGUGGCCUUCAUAGCUCUCCCGCUUGGUGUGAUCCGAGCCGGGCGUGGCGGCACGCCCACGUGCGGCUUCGGACGUGCCAGCUCCAAUCUCUGUUGUUGCUGGUCAAAAACCUGAUGAUUUGCUGUGUGGACCAGGGGGUGUGGAAUGGAACGUCAAGAUGCGGGCUCGACCGUGCAAUCCACCUGCGUCCUCCCAUUCUCCGGUCUUCUGGACUCUGUCUUGACGCCGAGCUCAGGUGGGGGGAGGGAGGAGAGAGUGUGGUAGAUGCUGCGCAAGUAUACUAUCACUUUGUACUAAUUCACGCCCGUCACUAUCCCUGUCCGCCUUGCUCUGGAGCAGACGGUGGACAUCUUCGGCAACGAAGGUCGAACUGUCGUCUGUGUGUGUGUGAAAAAAUAUCUGUAUAACAGGAUAUAUGAGUGUAAAGCAGUACACUUGAGUUUUUAUUUUAGGUCUUUAUUCGUUCGUUCUUCCUUUUCCAUAUCAUAAAUUAGCGCAAUGGAGUCCUGGUUAAGCUACACCAGCUGAAUGAAAUGGCGCUUUCAAACGUCCACCCAAGGAGUUAUUGUCUUUAUUUUCCAAUCGAAACGGCUGUACUUCAUGUUAGACCUAUAUGCAUUUGUAUUAUGAAUACAAAUAGAGCUCCAUUUCAUUCAUAGAUGUAGGCUAGCCAUGCGUUCGAAAACACGAGGUUACCCAGUGAAAACGGCAGCGUACGUAGGCAUGAUUGUUUUCUCAUGCAUAUUAGGUCAUAUUUUAUGGAGAUUAUGCAUUUUCUAUUAAAUAACAACGUAUGUUCUUUUUUCGAGGUCAUCCUAUAUUACUUGUAAGGUGUCUCAUUAUGGAUUUAGUGUUCCUCAUGAGCAUAAGAGCUACCAGUAUUCGCAGAGUGUGGUUGGAAAAUUACACGGUGUGAAUAUGUGUUGUCACACCACUUUUAGGUCGAAAUUCAUAGGUCUUCAGUCAGGGAGUUGCUAUUACUCAAAUAAACGAAAGCAAAUAUGGAAUAAAGCAAACAAAUAAAGAGUUCACGUUGCAAAUUCGAAACUUAGUUACUAACGAUAAGAUACGCUUAAAGACUAGGUUGUAGAGUUCAGAGCAUAGAAAAAGUUUUGUCAACAGCAAAUUCAGUUCUGGUGAUCAUGUUAAGCAUCGGAAUAGGAGAAGGCCUGAUGGACAGGACAGGUUAUUCAUCGAAAGCAAAUCUGUGAUAGCAGAUGCGAACACUUUUACAAAUGCCAGCGCCGUGGACAAACUCACGGGCGAAAUCGGAUAUCAUUAUCUAAAUACCUAAAAACUUAUUCACGGUCGAAGGCGACUUCAAAAGUCCGAAAUCCCAAUUUAAUAAACAUCAUUCUCCAAGUGGAUAUUUUGACGCGUUCUUCUGUAAACACGAGAAGAUUUUCCUAUCUCCCAAUGAGAGAGCGAUGCAGCACUGGGGAACAAAUUCCCCAAACUGCCUGACCCGACGUCAUCCACAGACGGCACACUGGUACACAACCUGUCGUCAAAGGAACUGACGAAGGAGCGGGUAUAGGUUUUACGACACGAAGCCUCAGUCAACACAGCUGGUGCCAAACCUGUCCACAUGAUUGCAGCAGUGAAAUCGGUCAUUAAUCAGACGGACGCGACGGAGGAGACGAAGAACCUUAUCCGACACCGAAUCUUGUCCCUCCUUAUGUCUCACAGGCAGCGCGAAAUACUCCCAAGGGUCGAACGCGAUGCACUAAAAGAACUCAAAGCUGACAAGGACAUUGUUAUCAUGCCCGCGGACAAGUGGCGUUCGACCGUCGUAUUGGACAGAACAGACUACCUUCAGAAGGCCAAAAACCUACUGGAGGAUAGCCAAUUAUAUGUCCCAUGUGAAACCAACCCCGUAAAAACGCUGAUACGCGAAAGUACUGCGACAAUGUUGGCACUGGAGAACUCGGGUACAAUAACAUCGACCGACGGACGCAGGUCGAGAGCCCAAGAAACGACCUUGACCCGGUUCUGUGGUCUCCCCUAGGUGUACAAAGAAGGCGUUCUUCUCCGGCCCAGAAUAUCGCUCAAAAUCACUCCAACGAACGAACUGACAAAUGGCUGUUUUGAUGUCUCACAUUUCUGACCGCUGAUUCGAACACCACAGUCUGUUUGUCAACACAAUUCUUGGAGAAGCUCAAAGGGGUAAGUCUUUUGCCAGAUGAGGUCGUGGCAUCUUUUGAUGUCACGACCCUCUUUACUUCUAUCCCGUCGAGCUACUCCUACAAAGCAAAUACGAUGAAACGGAGAAUCGUCUCGGACAUGCUCAAGUCCUUCAGCUCCCAAAGUUCCGUCUCAGGACGUACUUCACGCUUGGUGGAGCAAUCUAUAAGCGCGUGAGGGAAACACCAAUGGGUUCGCCGAUUUCGGGAUGCAUCGCCGAGUCGGUCCUCUACCGGCUAGAGUCGCUGGUCUUCCAACACUACAGACCGAAAUUAUGGGCUCAGUAUAUGGACGAUACCUUCAUCGUUAUCGAACGGGAUUAGGUGCUAACGUCCGAUAGCGUAUCCCCGACAUAGAAUUUACGAGGGAGGAGAAAGAAAAUAACCAGCUGGCCUUCCUUGAUGUCCUCGUCUGUCUCGAAGAGUGUGGUAGACCAAAAACCAAAUUAUUCAGGAAAAAGACGGACACGACGUCAAUACUGAACUUCAACAGCAACCACCCAAUCAGCCAUAAAUGCAGUUGCGUAAGAACGCUAUAUCGGCGUGUUGAGACGCACUGCAGUGAACCAGAAGACAAGAUUGCCGAAUCCCAAUAUCUUCGACGGGUUUUCCGAGAAAAUUUGUCGACCGGUGCAGGCGCAAACGAGACGAGAAGCAAAAUCGUACUGACCCCAAAUUGUGACGAGCGAUCACGUACAUCAGGAACGUCUCCGAGGCUGUUAGUCGCCUUCUCACAAAACUUGGGGUUGGAGUGGCGCACAGACCGAAGGCCACAAUAAGGCUCAGGCGAAGACUAAAAGACCUACUGCCACGGCAAGAAACAUCUGGAGUCGUUCACCGGAUCUGGUAAGGUUGUGGACAAAGCAACUACGUCGGAGAAAUUAGAAGACUGCUCCGGAGGCGAAUUGCCGAACACGCGGCAGCGGUACGGAGAAAUGACGUCAACUCUCAGGUCGCGGCGCAUUCGAAAAGAGCCGGCCACACAUUCAAGUUCGAUGAGGCCGAAAUUCUCGCAAGAGGGAAUAAUCGCGUGAACCACGAGUUGCUUGAGUCAUGGUUCACGGGACCUCAGUCAAUCAACAAGUGAAACGACAUCCCCACUCCAUAUUCCGUGCUGAAGCAUAGUCUGGCCAGAGUAAUUAACCACUCGGGGGUUCGCAGGCCGGUGAGCCAGAUGACCGAGCCAUCAUCACGCCAUCAUCCAACACGGGUGAUUAAAUUUCGGCAAUUGACAACUUUCAUGCCGACCGUCAAGCAGCUAGCGUACCAGUGGGCAACAAUUCUUGAGUACGAGGAGCGCGGUUAAUCACUAAAGCAUGGCAACUACAUCCUAUAAAUGCUGCAACUUCCUGUGCACGAAUCCCCCGUUUCUGUCACUGUCUCUGAUGAUGGGUUCGAGUGAGAAUCCGAAACGUCAGGUGAGUAAAGCCCUUGUUUCAACGAUCGCUUCUUUUUCUUUAUCAUCAUCAUCAUCCUAUUAUUAUUAUUAACUAGUUCCUGGAACUCGCAUCUUUGCUUGUAUCGAUAAUUACAAGGCUAUUUGCAACAAGACGCACUUCGACUGGGUACCAGUUAACACCGCAUAAAUGAUGCGAUGGUUUAGAUGUAACUGUCUGUUUAAUGCACUCAAUUCUUCAAAUAAUUAUUGUCGCCACCGAAUCAGCCAGCGAAGGGCAGGAAAAAGUCAUGUAUGCGAAUUCUUAUAAAACGCUAAGAAUCAGGCAGUAAUUGUAAUAAUUCUGCUAACGAAGUUGGUGCAUGGACGCUCAUUGAAUAUGUAUGUUGGCCAGUAUGAGGAUGGUGCACAAAUGUAGCAGCCGGAAAUUAACCCACAAGUUCACAACUAGAUUGGUAGAUAGUGUCUCCCUGAUUUAUAACCUUAAAAUCACUGCUUAUUAUGCGAAAGGGGAUCACGGUUAUUUUAAGGUUGAGAAAAUGUCCAUGACAGUAUCCAGAAGACUGUUUGGCGAACAGGGUGUUGGUGGUACCCAGUUGUAGAUCAACGUAAAGGUCGUAGGUGGUCUCUCACCUGCUUGCAGGUGUUUAAAUAACAGAGACCCAAUUCUCACAUGUGGUUCCCCGAAGAUAGUCUCUGCCUAGCAGUCGCACCCAGGUAACCGCUUCGGCCGAAGUGGUAAACCAGGUGAUGGUAUCCAUGUGUGUAUCUCCAAACACGGUCAUCCUCUCCUCUCCCACCGCCGUCGGCCAUAAGGUGCAUUGCAUCGUUAUCUCCAAAAUGAGGCUCCGUCUGAAACCCCGCAGGAGGCCACAAAGCAAGUGACCCCCCAGGUAAGCUGAAUACAGCUUGGUUGACUUUGUCUGCUCACCCUUGCAUUACAGCAGUCAUCAAGCUACUGACCCAGUGGCUGAACUACCUGACCCCUUUCUACCCCUGUGCACGUUUUCUCCGCCCUUCUCCUCUGCCCUUCACUCUCUCUACUCUCUGUUCAACUCUAUUUCCCCACUGUCGAAAGUCUAACGGCGAGGGCGACAUGCAAUGACGUAGGCGACCCAGGCCAUUCGUCGUUCUCUCACUAAACCAAAUGACCCGUUGUGGAGAGUUGUAUCCGUCUGGUGAGACAAAACAGUCCUAUUCAUGGAGAGCACGGAUUUCCUCCGCGAGGGGAAGGGGACUAUAAUGGGUGCCCUAAACAAAGCUGGGUUUACGAUAUCGCGCGCAGACCGUGGCUUGCAGACUGCUAAACAUGCGGUAGAAACCAAAACGCAAGCACUACUCCCUCUCAUCCUCCCUCUCUUCCUCCGCCCCGUCCCACCCCACAGGCUGUUAAAGUGAGUCCGCUCACACUGACAGCCUGGAAUGUUCGUCCCCUUUUAGACAAUCCGAGGAGCAACCGACCGGAACGAAUGACGACGCUAGUGGCUCAGGAACUGGCGCGCUACAAGGUUGAAAUCGCUGAACUCAGCUUGACCCGGUUCUCCGAGCAAGGUCAAGUGGAGGAGGUGGGUGCCGGUUACACCUUCUGGAACGACCGACUCAGGGCGUCGCCUUUUACCAUCGGAAACGACAUCGUGGGACGACUGCCCCCUCUGCCGCAGAGUAUCGACGGCCGACUGAUGAGCCUGCGUCUGCCUCUUCGGUGA